AUGUCGUCUCAGCAACACCUCCAGCUCCCACCCUACCCCACCCCGCUCGGGCUCUUCCCCAGCUUCUUUGCACGCCAGGCCGAACCACUCGUGCUCAAAGAAAAGGUCCUGUCACUUUCCGGCGACUCGUUCAGCGUCAAGACGGUCGAUGGCCGCGCAAUUGUCCAGGUCAAGGGCGAGUACUUCUCCCUCAGCGGACGCAAGCACGUGAUGGACAUGCAAGGCAACGUGCUCUUCACCAUCCGGAAACAGCACUUCACCUUCCCGACUUCAUACUACGCCGAAGAUCCGUCAGGCAAGAGAAUUCUCGACGUGCAAAGCAAAUGGAGCUUCGGCUCUUCCAAAGCUGUGUGCAGCUUCACGUCCACCAACGGCAAGCAGGAGCGGCUCUUCAUGAAGGGCAACUUCUUCGACACGUAUGCCGACAUCACCGACGAGGCCACCGGCCAGCUUGUUGCUACCAUCGACCGCAAGUUCUUCAACGCCCGCGAGAUCUUUGGCGGCCAGCAGACGUACGUCGUGACGGUUGCACCCAACGUCGACAUGACCGUCAUUGCAGCCAUGUGCAUCUGCUUGGAUGAGAGGCGCAACGAGAAGUAG